UGAAGGUAUCUUUUUGUCUCGUGUUGUUGUCUGAUGCAGCUAGCUAGCUUGAACCACAGAGUGUUAGCUGGCACACGCCACAUUAUUGUUGUAUUUGUAACGAAGCACUUAUAACCAAAGCGCCUAAAGAAUGAGAAGAGUCACCUUAUUUGUUAACGGGACAUCUAAAAAUGGCAAGGUUGUAGCAGUUUACGGGACCUUGUCCGACUUACUAUCCGUAGCAAGCAAUAAGUUAGGAAUCAAAGCUGCCUCUUUGUACAAUGGAAAGGGUGGUCUCAUAGAUGACAUUGCCCUUAUAAGAGAUGACGACGUGUUGUACGUGUCAGAAGGCGAUCCGUUUAUUGAUCCCCAACAUGAAGCCAAGGUUGCAUCUGAUAAGCUUGGAGCACACACUGAUUGGCUGACCCUUAAUAUCGGUGGGCGCCCCUUUACCACCACCAGGAGCACCUUGGUCAGCAAGGAGCCAGAGAGUAUGCUUGCUCACAUGUUUCGAGGGAAUGAUGUGUGGGGGAACAAGCGGGACGAGCAUGGGGCUUACCUAAUUGACCGUAGCCCUGAAUACUUUGAGCCUAUUCUAAACUACCUGAGACAUGGUCAACUCAUAAUCAAUGAAGGCAUAAAUAUACGAGGUGUCCUCGAGGAGGCCCGGUUCUUUGGAAUUGAGCAGCUUGCUGAACAGCUGGAAGCAGCAAUCAAGAACUCACAGCCACCUGAGGACCACUCUCCCAUCUCUCGCAAGGAGUUUGUUCGUUUUCUUUUGGCGACACCCACCAAGUCAGAGCUCCGUUGUCAGGGUCUUAAUUUCAGUGGUGCGGAUCUGUCUCGACUUGAUUUGCGCUACAUCAAUUUUAAGAUGGCUAAUCUAAGCCGCUGCAAUCUGACACAUGCCAACCUGUGCUGUUCCAAUCUGGAGCGGGCUGAUCUUUCUGGAGCCAACCUGGAUGGUGCUAACUUACAAGGGGUGAAGAUGCUUUGUUCCAAUGCUGAGGGAGCUUCUCUCAAAGGAUGCGAUUUUGAAGAUCCAUCUGGACUGAAGGCCAACCUGGAAGGUGCUAACCUCAAAGGAGUUGACAUGGAAGGAAGCCAAAUGACCGGCAUCAACCUGCGUGUGGCCACUCUGAAAAACGCUAAGCUGAAGAACUGUAACCUGCGGGGAGCCACUUUAGCAGGGACUGAUCUUGAGAAUUGCGACCUGUCCGGCUGCGAUCUUCAAGAAGCUAACCUGAGAGGGUCCAAUGUGAAAGGAGCCAUUUUUGAAGAGAUGCUGACCCCUCUGCACAUGUCACAGAGUGUCAGAUAACUCGGCCCACGCGGCUGGCUUCUAUAUUGCUCUUUCCCUCCAGCCUCUCUUACAGUAUACUCUCUCUUUACCUGUCUGCAGCACAGGUAGUUGUAUGCACAUCCCUGGCAUUCCACCUAUAUUAUGUUAGCUUUAAAUAUCUUGCACUAGAAUUUAUUCAGGGUUGUCUCUGUAUGUUUGUACGGUAGGAAGUUUUUAAAUGUUCCGCUGCAUAUAUCACCAAAACAAAAAUAAUGUUCCUUGUGUAUGUAGAUGUGUCUGGAUGCAAUCCCAUGACUAUACUCAUGUAAUGUAACUACAUAAUUUAUAUUCACUUCAUAUUACUUGACAUGUUAAUGGGAGUCAAAGUCAGAUGAUGUGUGUGCAGUCAAGUUCAGAGCGCUGAGCUUCACUGAAUGCUGCUCUAGCAGAAAUAGGUGUCACUUACCAAUAACUGUGUCGUUAUAUAUUCCUCUUUAAGUAUGUAACUUAAUUUUGCUGGAUUCAACAUAUUCUAAAGGAAGCAAUGCAAGCCAAAGCCAUAAUGAUAGCACAGUCUUAAAGGCUAAAAGUGCUGUUAGUGCACCAUUAAACUAUGCGCCAGGCUAGUUUGAAACACAGCUUGGGUAUGCAAUACAUGAUUUACAGCUGUGAGGUUCCUCCUUUCCUACUCUUAACUAUUGUGUUCUUAAAAAGCUUUCCCUUGUUUUGCGCUCCUUGAAUCUACCUCUUUUUAUUUAAUCCUGUGUGCGAGUGAUCCACAACUGCAUGCAUUUGACUGUGGCACUUCUUAUUGUAAUGUUUAUGUAUGACAUUCGUUAUUCUUCAGUUUCCCAUUAUGAGAAAAGAUGGCGUGCUUUAACAGAAGGCCGUUUACACACGUUCAUGUUGUCAAAGUGGGUCUGCCUGGAAAUGUGCGCCAUGCAUUGAUGUAUAUCACGUAAUCAUGCUUUGAACUUAUUUGCACAAGUAUAUGUUAACCUGUAACAUGUUAUACCGUUUCACCAAAAAAAUGUUUGGUGCUUGUAAUCAUAUGUAAAGCAAAUCCAGUGUUACAAAAACGUUUAAAAAAAAAAGCGUUAUUAGAGUAGGCAGGUGUUGUCAGCUGUUUUGUCAAGGAUCACACGUCAGUUCACUACAGGACCGUGUUCGUUUGCAUGUUUGAAGACCUAUACUCGUCUUUGACUGGUGAAGUUUCUCUAGCUGUAGCUCAAAGCUGCUCCGAUGCAAUACUAUUCACUCAGUUCAAUAGUAGGUACCCAGCCUGUGAGAAUGAAUGAUGAAGGCAAUCAUAUUGUGUAAUCAAUGGAAGAGCUAUGGUUAUUUAUUUUAAUACAUCUCACUGAAUGCAAUAUGGGGCAAUGGUUGGUUUGUGUUUGAGACAGGGAGCGGUGUAGGUCUCCCUAUCUAUGAUUAUUGCACUCGACCGUGGAAAUAUAUUUCCACGAAUGACUGUUAUAAAUAAACUGCAAUGAAGAAGAACAAAA